AUGGCUGCGCCACCCGCGCUGACAGCUGUUCAACAGGGGCAAUUGGAGACCCUGGCACCAGAUCUCCGCUUCCAGCUGGAGCAGGCGGAUGUGCCCGCAGUACUGCAGGCUAGGCUGGGUGAGCUGGGCAUUCGCAACGUUGCUUUGUUUUCGGGGCUUGAUGAGUCUCGCGAGCGAGUGAGGGCAGCCCUUAUUGCCGAGCUUCCCAUCGACCCUACGGCCGGGGUUGCGGAACGGCUUAACGUGGCUCGCCUGCUUGCUGCAUGGGAAGCUUCAAGGUUGCAUCUUCAAGUUUCGGAGAAAAACAAAGCUGAAGCGCGACUGGGCACACAGCAGCGUCUCGUCCAACCCAACGAGCAUCAUGCCAUGCGGCUGGCAGUGGAGGCUGCAGUGGGCAAAUUGAAGGACAAAGAGGUACCGGCCAAGUCCGUGCUGGCCGCAAAGUUGGAACAGAUCGAGAACAAUCAGCCGGUAGCAGAGCUGCUCACCGAGGUAGCCUCUCUCGAGGACUCUGAGCUUGAGGCCUAUUCGGCUGUAAUUGAUCCUACAACCAACGUGCUCAAGAUUAAGCCUGGCAAGACUCUGACAGGUAUGCCGGACAACCCUGAGGAACUCAGGCUGCGGCAUAGACGCAUCGGCCUUGCCUGGGAUUUCUUAGCUACCAAGCAUGCCCUUCGCCCCUGGUUGUCCAAGAACACCACUGAUGUCUUGAGGAGGUUCAGCGAUUAUGUCUUGGGAUCCCAGGUGGCCGGCUUAGUAGCCGGAGACGGCCAUACACCUACCUGGAGCAUGGUCCUGAACUUUGAGCUGGAGGCCCGCAAGGCUGUGUACCGGUGGAUCAGGGACGGGGAAGCGCUCUCCUUGGAAGACGCCUUCUCGAAGGCCACACAUGACAUGGAGCUGCUGAAUAGGCAUCUCGUGAUACCUUUCUCACUUCGGGCGGUGCCUCCUCCACCCACUGCACCUUCGGCGUGGGAACGAGCAGGCAAGCCAUUGCGAACUCCGGGCAAGCGUACCAUUGCUCCUUCGGCAGCCGACACGCCGCCGGCGAAGAAAGCGGCCAAGCUGAUGAAGACACCGGAUGGCAAGCCCAUCUGUUGGAAGUACAAUCGGAAAGACAACGACACCGAGGAGAACGUCUCUCAAGGACUCGAACCUCCUCCUGCCGUCGACUUUUCUCUCCUUUAUUUGUUUGCAGGAGUGUCACGCCGUGCUGAUUUAAAGUCUUGCUUGGCUGAUGCUUGUCAUGCAGCGGGCCUCACCUUUCGGUGUCACGAAGUGGACAUCCAACGCGAUGAGGCCCAGGACGUUCUCUCCGAUUCCUUCUGGUUGAGAUUGCUCAAUCAGGUUCGUCGUCAUGAAUUCACUAUAAUUUUCAUGAGUCCGCCCUGCUCUACUUUCAGCAGGGCUACGUUUUCCAACCGAUCUGGACCGCCGCCUCUGAGGAACUCUGAUUGGCCCGAGGGCUUUCCGUGGCUGUCUGGCGCCUUGAAGGCCAAGGCCGAGGCAAGCACCAUGUUAGUUCGUCGUGCACUGUCGCUGGCCACGCUAACGUCCUCAGAGAACAUUCCGUGGCUUCUUGAGCAUCCCGAGUUUCUGGGCGCCACGGAUGCCGGCACCCCGGCUUCUAUCUGGAUGUGGGAAGAAGCGGUGCAAGUCUUUCAAGCCACUCAUGCUACGUCAGUGGCGUUUCAUCAAUGUGCCUACGGUGCUGAUCAUCGAAAGCCUACUCGAGUGGCUGGUACUUGGCAUGGUCUGCGUACUCUGGGUGUUGCCGGCUGGCCCCGCCUGGAUCGCGCUCAACGCUAUCGGGGUCCCCUGUCACGGACCUGUGGUCACAAGCACACCCCUCUCAUUGGGACCGAUGAGCAUGGGGACUUUCGUACAGCUCCUACUGCUGCUUAUCCACCUGAGCUAUGCAAAGCUCUGGCCAGCUUAGCGAUGCUGACGCAUCAAAAAACGAUGUCCUCCGAAUCGGGGUCGGGGGAGAAGCAAGUUCAUCCGGCCGAGGCUCUGGCAGCAUGUCAAAGUCAGGGUGAGGUCUCAUGCAACAUCCUUCUUGAAAUGUUUGAGCUGCUCCCGGGCGAGAACAUGGCCCGCGAUGGAGUCACUUGGAAUGAUUCGAAAUCAUUUGCGAUUGGUGCAUAUGCUGUGGGCGGCAGCCUCUCCGGGUUGCGUAGGAAUUCCAGGGUGUUUCCCGGGGUCGCUAGGGUUUUGUGCAACUUUGUGCGGAGCCUGGAUGCUUCCUUUACAUUCACUGCCGUGGGAAUAUUUCGGAACUUGCAGACGGCUCCCCACAGGGACUCGGGCAACGAAAGGGGGUCCCGGAACCUGGUCGCUGGACUGUCGUCCUUCAGGGGCGGAGGCAUCUGGACUCAAGAUGGGGGCGGUCAGGAGGCAUGUCCAUCUGAUCCGUCUUUGGGUCCAGGCCGCACGCUGGAGAUCGACUCAGGUGGACACAUCGUCUUCGACCCCUCGGUGUGGCACUGCACCCAGGCUUGGAAAGGGACGAGGACAGUUCUUGUUGCUUAUACACCCCGCGUGAACGAGUCUUUCCCCGCCGCGGAAUGGGAGCAGCUGGGUGCCUUGGGCUUCAACCUUCCAGCUCGGCGGGGUGCUUCUACUUUGGCUCGGUCCGUGAAACGUCUCAUGGAGGACACCAAUGACGACGCGGUGCCCAAGGAGGAGGACUGGUGGCAGCCUAAGCAUGACGCGGAAGGUGUCCAGGACGAUGGUGGCUCGACAUCCGAAGAAGAUGUCGAUGGCAAUCCCAAAGCGAAGCUGGGCGACGGGGUUCUCGGCACUGGGCCACCCUUGAAGACGCCCACUUCUGACACGCACACGGAGCUGGCACUUCACAAGCAGAUCUUCGAGGAUGCCCUUAAGUUGCUUCACAAACAUGUGGAUGUGAGGAAGGAGAUCUGCCGCCUGGCUACGGGAGGGGCUACAUCGUCGCCGUUUCCGGAGGCACUGGUGCUGGAGAUGCGGAGCCUCGUGAUUGGACGCCUGAGAGAAUGGGGGUCACUGAGGGAUCUCGAGUUCAUCGCCCCUCGGCAACCUUUCUUGUUGGAAGUGAUCGGGGAGCUCUUGAGGGCGGCUGGGGAUCCGGAUUGGAGGCAAUACGCUGCUUCCUCGAUGUCGUUCUCCGAGGGCGUGCCCAUCGGAGUGGGCGAGCGGCUGCCGCGCACUCCGGCCUUGUUUGAGCGGAAAACAAAGCAGCGCAAAUAUCCAGAUGCCGACACCCCCUUGGAUGUGGACCUCCGCGAGAACUACCCCGGAGCCCGAGACAAUCCUAUCCAGCUUGAAGAGCAAUUGGCCAAGGAGGUCGACUUGGGAGCGAUGAUUGUGCUAGAUCUUGAACAAGCUCGGGCACGUCACGGAGACCUCUUGUCUGUAGCCUCAUUGGGGGCCGUGCCGAAACCUGAUGGGUCGCUGAGGAUAGUCCACGAUGGAAGCAACGGCCAACACAUCAACGAUGCCAUUCGUGUGAGAGAUGCUCAGAGGUAUCCCACGGGGGCCGACCUCCAAACGGCUCUCGAAGUUCUUCCUUGCGCUUACUUCUCGCUGAGUGGCGACAUCAGCCGGGCUCAUCGGUUGUAUCGGGUCAGAGAGAAGGACUGGCCCCGACAGGCAUGCCGUGGUGCGAAUCCCAAGAAGGUCUACUACAAUUGUGUGGGGACUUUCGGGAUCGCAUCGGCCUCUUACUGGUGGUACAGAUUGAUGGCGGGUUUGGGCAGGCUGAUUUAUUACUGCAUGCAAGGCGACCCGACUGUGCUCUUGAGCUACGUGGAUGACCUCAUAUGGCUCACAGAGUCUGGUGAUGGGCUAAUCAAGAUCCUUGCAUCCAUCCUUCUUCUUCAAGUGCUAGGUACUCCCUUUGCCUGGCACAAGUUUGCAGGAGGGCUGGAACAUGGCUGGAUCGGCUUCUCGGUGUUUGCAUUUGGGAGAAAGAUUGGCAUCAGCCAG